UCAGGGUGUGUGUGUGGAGAACGCCGUGACCCCGCCCGGUGAGCAGUCGCGUCUUCCCAGCAUGCUUUGCGGCGAGGACGGGCAGUGGGUGGGCCAGCCUUCCUCAAGCUGCGCCUGUCGCCCGGGAUACGAGCCGGGGGAGACCGACGUGCGCUGUCGAGCGUGUCCGUCCGGUCAGUUUAAGGCGGAGUCAGGACCAGGGGGGUGUGGUCUGUGUCCAGCCAAUAGCAACACUCGAGUCCCAGGCUCCGCCUACUGCCCCUGUAACCUUGACUACCACCGGGCCGACUCCGACCCGCCGCACGCAGCCUGCUCACGCCCCCCCUCUGCCCCCCGAUCAAUCGUGACCCAGAUCAACGAGUCCUCGGUUCUGGUUCUGGAGUGGAGCGAGCCUCUGGACCGGGGAGGACGGGGAGACCUCAGCUACAGGGUGCUCUGCUACAUCUGGGGGGACACAGACCAGGGAUUGGCCGGUUCCAGUUCCCCGUGUGAUGACAGCGUGCUGUACCGGCCGGCCCAGAGCGGGCUGACUCAGCGCCGCGUGGCGGUGUGGGGGCUCCGCCCACGCACCAGGUACACCUUCACCGUCCAAUCACUGAACGGAGUCUCGGCUCUCAGCAAAUCAGAGCCGGCCUCGGACGCAGUCAACGUCACCACCAGCAGAGACGUUCCCCCCCCUGUGUCUGGUCUGAGGAGGACAGCAGCCACAGAGUCCAGUCUGUCUUUAGAGUGGAGCGCUCCGGUUCUCCAGAACCAGCACCAGAUCCUGGACUACCAGCUCCGCUACAGCCCCAAGGAUGGUGAGGAGGCCGGCCAGUGGCAGUACGUGUCCAGCAGGUCUUCUUCGGUGGUGCUGACGGGGCUGCAGCGGGCCCGGCGGUACCAGGUCCAGGUCCGGGCCCGGUCCCAGGCCGGGUACGGGUCCUUCAUGUCCCCGAGCAACUUCAGCACGCUGCCAGACGGUGUUGGUCACUCUCAGCUGGUGCUGACGGGGGUUCUGGCCACCAUGGGGAUCCUGCUGCUCAUCGCCUUGGUGAUUGUCACCGUGUACUGUUACCGGAGAGCGAAGGACUCUGAGACGAGCGAUAAGAGUGGACACUACCAGAUGGGACAGACGAUGAAGGUGUACAUCGACCCGUUCACCUACGAGGACCCCAACGAGGCCGUCAGGGAGUUCGCCAAGGAGAUAGAGGCCUCCUUCGUCAAGAUAGAGGAGGUGAUCGGAGCAGGUGAGUUUGGCGAGGUGUGCCGUGGCCGGCUGCGCGUGCCGGGCCGGAGGGAGAACUACGUGGCGAUCAAGACGCUGAAGGGCGGCUACACGGAGAAGCAGAGGCGGGACUUCCUGUCGGAGGCGUCCAUCAUGGGCCAGUUCCAGCACCCCAACAUCAUCCACCUGGAGGGGGUCAUCACCACCUCCUGUCCCGUCAUGAUCCUCACUGAGUACAUGGAGAACGGAGCUCUGGACAGCUUCCUCAGGAUGAACGACGGGCAGUUCACCCCCAUCCAGCUGGUGGGGAUGCUGCGCGGCAUCGCCGCGGGGAUGAAGUACCUCUCAGAGAUGAGCUUCGUCCACCGAGACCUCGCAGCCAGAAACAUCCUGGUCAACUCCAACCUGGUCUGCAAGGUUUCAGAUUUUGGUCUCAGCAGGUUUCUGACUGAGAACUCCUCCGACCCGACGUACACCAGCUCUCUGGGCGGGAAGAUUCCUAUUCGCUGGACGGCGCCCGAGGCCAUAGCCUAUCGGAAGUUCACCUCGGCCAGCGACGCCUGGAGUUACGGCAUCGUCAUGUGGGAGGUGAUGUCAUACGGAGAGAGGCCAUACUGGGACAUGAGUAACCAGGAUGUGAUUAAUGCCAUUGAGCAGGACUACCGGCUGCCCCCAGACUGCCCCUCCUCCCUCCACUCUCUGAUGCUGGACUGCUGGCAGAAGGAACGAGCCAAUCGGCCGAGGUUUUGCGACGUGGUGGCAGCGCUGGAUAGGCUGAUCAGAAACCCCGCCUCCCUGAAGGUCACGCUGGCCGAGGGACGAAGUGUGUCCCAGCCCCUGUUGGACCAGCGGCCCCCCCCCCCCCUCUCGGCCUGUGCGUCUGUCUCUGAUUGGCUGAGAGCGAUAAAGAUGGAGCGUUACGAGCAGAGCUUCCUGCAGGCCGGCUUCAACAACCUGGACAUGGUCUCACAGCUCAACACAGACGACCUGCUCCGAGUGGGCGUGACGCUCGCCGGCCACCAGAAGAAGAUGCUCUCCUCUAUUCAGACGCUCCGGAUACACAAAGCCCCGCCCCCUCUGCUCUACUGACCAAUCACAGUCCAGACCACAACUCUCAGAAGCACUGACAGUUUCUCUAACUCACCACAGAACACCUAGACCAAUCAGACUCCGCCUCCUGGUCGGUCUGACCAAUCAGAGAGCCCUUUGAUGGCUGAGACUCCGCCUCCUGGUCAGUCUGACCAAUCAGAGAGCCCUUUGAUGGCUGAGACUCCGCCUCCUGGUCGAUCUGACCAAUCAGAGAAGGGGAACAGCUUGAAAGCACAGAAACAAACCUUAGGAAACAUAAAAUACUUUCUUCAGGAUAUUCUAAUGUAACGAUGACUCAGGUGCUACAGGACUCCGCCUAUUUCAUCCCGACCAAUCAGAGCCGAGGACACAGUUGGCUGCUUUAACUUUCUAAUUUUCUGCCGCUCAGGAAAACCUAAGCUCCUCUUCCCUCUAGUCUGGGCAUUCAACGAAGAACAAAGACACGUUUCCUGGGUGAAAGUAUUAGAAAUAUAUGAUUAUAUAUGAAUAUAUAUAUAAAUCAGCCUACAGUUAGACAGAUUUAGUGUAAUUCUGAACAUCCACGAAGGUUAAAGUUCAGGAAAUCUAAGUCUGGUUUUAGUUUAGUUUAUUUACACAAACAUAAAAGAAUGAACAGGAUACGAUGAGUAACUGUGCGAGAGAAAGAUGAAGUGGCGUUCUUCAGGACAAAACCCAACUUUUUGGGCUUUUUUUCCAUCACAUGGUACCUGCUCCACUCGCCUCGACUCACCUCGCCAUGCUGUGCGUCUGUCGAGCUGUUUUUAAAUGUGCUAUAGAAAUAAACUUUACUUACUUACUUACCUUUUAGUAUCGCCUCAGCUCGCCG